AUGGGCUCAAAGUAUCGAGAGAUGAAUAAGAAGAUAUCGGCAUUUUGUGCUUAUUACAACAAUGCUCAUUCGAAUCGGCCAAGUGAGGCGAGUGAUGAAACGGUUUUUGCCAUAGCUAUGUCAAAAUACCAUACGAAAGAAGGUAGUUCGUUCACGUACGUAGGGGCUUGGGAAAUCUUUAAAAAUUGUCCCAAGUGGUCGCCGGUUCCUAACGAGGUGGCAAGAGCAAAGAGGUCUAAAACAUUCGAGUCGAUAGAGCAUAGUGCCCGUGAUUCGGAUGUGCGUUGCUAUAUUAAUAUUAAUGACGAACCCGAGUUUGACGAUGAAGUGAUGGAGAUUCCGGAAUUGAAGCACCCAAUUGGUAGAGACAAAGCAAAAAAGGAAGCGGCGGCCAAAAAGAAAGAGGCGUUGACAAAAAAUGAAUCUCUGGGUGAAAUGAAGGUGGAUAAGUUGAUAAGCAAGUUCACCGAAUUUAACGAAAUACAAGCGGCGAGACUUAAGUUGAAAGAAAAAGAAAUGAAAGAAGCGGCCGAUCAUGAAGACUUUAAGCUAAUGAUCUCUCAUGUAAUUUGGUCUAAAUCGGUUAUAUUAUUUGUACCUACAGUAGCAAAUAAAAAGAAGAAACAGAUAAUUAUAGAGAAGGAAGAAACCUCGUCUAGACGGAGAAAACGACGACACUGUUUAAAUAGGGAUCAUGAAGGUGCCCACGAUAGGUUGAAGGCCGAUUACUUUGCCGAAAACCCGGUAUACACAGAUGAAAUGUUUAGGCGUCGUUUCCAAAUGAGCCAUCAUCUUUUCUUACAUAUAGCCAACGAUUUGGCUAAUUAUGACCCAUUUUUCACAUUAAGAUGGGAUGCUACAUGUAAAAGGGGAUUUACCACUUUACAAAAGUGUACGUCGGCAAUUCGCCAAUUGGCUUACGAUACAAGUAGAGACAUGUGGGAUGAAUAUUUGAAGAUGUCUAAACAGAACUUCACGAGAGAGUUUGUAUCAUUUUGCAAAGGGAUGGUCAAGCUAUACAGCACGAAGUACUUACGAAGGCCAACAAAGAAUCACAUCAUAAAGUUUUACCAAGCACACGAAAGUAAACAUGCUUUUCCUGGAAUGCUUGGUAGCAUAGAUUGUAUGCAUUGGCCUUGGCGUAAUUGCCCUAAUGCAUGGCGAGGUCAAUUUACUCGAGGUGAUCAUGGUUAUCCCACAUUAAUUCUAGAAGCCGUGGCUUCAAAUGAUCUUUGGGUUUGGCAUGCUUUCUUUGGUGUUCGUGGUUCGAGUAACGAAAUUAAUGUUCUUGGUCAGUCAGAUGUUUUCAAUGAUAUCAUUAACAGUACGGGGCCUGAUUCUAGGUUUUCGAUUUCAAGAGUAGAAUACAAGCACAGGUAUUAUCUAGCUGAUGGAAUAUACCCAACAUAA